AUGAGUAUGUCGGGGCCAAGAGGGUGCUCUGGUUGGUGUUGGCUACAUAUCUUGGCUCUUGAAUCAGCUAGGUACUCGUUCCGUCCGGAGGUCUCGGUUCUUGCUGGCAGACACUCACCCCGACACACCAGGCCGUAUCAGUGGAACAGCCUCUUGAAGAAGCUGCCCUUCUUGGGCUGCUUGUGUGACUUCACGGCGCUCGAGGUCUGGACGCUCUCAGGACAUGCAUACCCGUUCCCUGCUGCUGCAGGCCCCAUGGGCUGGUGCAUGCCGGUGUCGGUCUUGGCCGGGCCGGGCCAGGCCACCGCGGCUCGCUGGUCCGCGGCCGCCCCCGUACGCACACCAGCGCGGCCCCGCUCCCCGCCGGCCCCGGUCGGCGCGCGCUCCGGGUGGUCACCCAGCACGGGCUGGUGCGAGGUGGUGGGCACCACGAAGCUCUUGCGGGCCACGGGGCACAGCUCAAAGCGCCCGGCGCCAAACGCCCCUACGCCGAUCUCUGGGGCCGGGGCGUCACGGAGGGCGGCGCGCCUGUCGUGCUCCGACCGCGUGCGCAUGCCCUGCACGUCCGCCAGCACCACGCUCUUACGCAUCAGCGCUGCGGAGCGGGGUCGGCGCGGUGACCCCGCGCCGGCGCCUUCCGGGGCGGCAAAGGUGACGGAGGCCCGUAGGGUCCUCCGCGCUUUCCCGGAGCUGUUUUUCUCAGGGGACGCAGGUGUGGUUGGCAAGGGGUCUGGCACAGGCCCUGCCUCGUCAAACCCUAACCCUUUCUCCUGCUCCUCCGGGUCCGUCGCCAAUUGUGCCAGGCUGUAG